GCCGGGUACGUGUCCUCUUUUCGUGGGAGCACGGUGGCUGGGCUUAUCUUUGCUGGCAGUCGCACGGGGUGAUACGAUCAAGCGACCAAAGUGGUCUGCGAUGAGGGUGCGUACGCGCUGGUGGACGCUCAGGCCCUGCUGCACGACAGUCGAGGUAGACGUGUCGCUAUCGCUUGUCCAUAUAUGUUGAGCAGCCGAAGGCAAUCGAUGGGGGCUGCUCACGCCAAGAUCAUACAAUGUGCAAAGGGCAUAAAUUAUGGGUCGCUUGCACAACCGAUACUCACCUGCGUGGAUCUUCGCGCUACGCAACAUUGGGAACGCGUCAUUCGUCGUCCGUGUGCACACUCGCCAGCUAUUGUCACCGUUAGCAAACCACAAACCUCGGCGUCGUGCGACCUCGCCACAUGUGGCAUCCCAUCGCCCCCAAUCGUGUCUCCCACCAUCUGCGCCUGGUGAUCUGUGCAAGGACCUGUCGCCAGUCUACCGUCCUCGUCGUCGUGUUGCCGCGGAUCAACACGGUGUCUUCUCCCCUGCUGGGCUGCGCGAACAGGGCGUUUUCAACACACGUCGCUGCCCCGGACACGUCACCUACGCAGGCCAUCCGAUUGCGCACUUCACACCGUUGUCGCUCUCCGUCAUCGUGCUCGCCGUCUUCACCAUGUCUUCACUCGGUGGUAAUCGGGGCAAGAAGAGGGACAACUUGGAAGCGGAAGCGCCUGUGGCCGUGAAGAAAGGACGUCAUCAACCGAAAAACAAGAAGGUUGUUGCAGAGGGCCCUUCGAGGGGAAGUGCCGCGAGGGAUGACGAGUGGGUGAGGGAUUUCGAGGGUGCGGGCGACGACAACGACUUCGUGUCCGAAACGGAGGUGGAAGCCGUCAGGCAAGCGUCUGUGCAAUCACCCCCAGCCACACCACGUGGCCAAGCAGUUCCGGAGAAGGGAGGGGCCUCGAAGGGGGUGGUGCAAGGGAGUAGCCAUGGUGCACAUCGACAAGACCCUAUCGCCUCGCAGGGCGGUGCCGUGGCGGGAUCAUCUCGACCAACGGCGGUUGCAGCAGCCGAGGAGAGCCAUGGGGAAGGCGACUACGACGAGCAUUUGGUGAAUAGGCAAUGGCGGGGGAAUGCACAGGAUGUGAUCGAAGCUGCAACGAAGUUGUGGGUGGAUGACAUGAGGUUCUGGAACGAGACGGAGGGCAAUGGACUGUUCAAGGUCAUCCAGGACGGGCGACUUUAUUUGCUGGCCAUCACCAGGGGAGUUCCCACUCCGGAGAUCCAUCGGAGUAUAGCCCUCCCUCACUCAAUUAUCUCACAGCACAAGAUCGAAGACGAAUUGCAGUUGAAGGCGGCGAAAGACAGGGCAACAAAAGUGCAGAGCAUCACCUUGCGUGUCAUCCAUGGAUGGAUCUUCAAGUCCGCAAGUCGCUCACGGGGCUAACACUCUGCAUACGGGUACGUCCUCAACCAUGAGGCGA